AGGACUCGCCGGACCGUGAAGUUGUUAGCCACACCUAAAGAUCCAAGCCACAUUUUAUUUGCUAAUACAAAACAGUGUGCACGUCUUGAAAUAGAAAAAAAAUUAGAUGUAUCUUUAUCUGUGCGAAUUUAAAAUUUGAAUUUCAAUAGAAAAUUAUUCGAAUUUCGAAUUGUUUUCAUUUCCGCGUUUUGUUUACGAACCGCUGGUGUACCAUUGUGAUAAAUGGCGGGAAUAUAAUGACAAUUAUCAAUUUAAAUUCAUUCUUGAUUAAAAUGUCAAUUUUAAUAAUUCUGUGUCCGGUUCUGUUGGCUGGUGUCCAAACGCUGACUAUUGAUUCACAAUUGGGAACAUCCAUUGAAGAUUGCUUCAUCAGGCUGUCGAUAGGUGAACAAUUGCCAAGUACCGCCAUCUAUCGAAACGUCACCGAACUAAUGACGCGAGAAUGCGAACAAAUUUGCAAACAGGAUAAACAAUGCCAAGCUUACGAUUAUGGUGUUGGAGCUAAAGGCAACGCCACAUGCAACCUGAGUAAUAUAGACGAGAAAGAGAUCAAAGAAAAAUCGAUACUGGGCCGCCACCCCGACUACGACGUGUACGUGCGGAGGUUCCAAUGCGAGCAGUCGCCGCCUUCACCGAUGCCGCUGCACGACGACCCAGGUCCUGACGAACAGAAGCGCCCAGAUAACCCAGACCGGCCCGAAGGUCCCCUUCAACGCCCAGUCUUCAGACCGGACGACGAAAUUUUCAACGAUGAUUACCUCAUCUCCGCUGACUUGAGGCCUUUCGAAUCUGGUAAACCGUACAGGCCUGAUGAUUAUUCCAAUUCGAAACCGGAUAACGAUGUUCCUCCGAGUUACGGGUCACACAGACCGCAAGAAAUACCAUAUGAACCUAUUAGGCCUGAUCACGGUUUCAGUAGACCUCAAGAUACGCAGUACAGACCCGAAAGACCAAUUAAAAAUCAGUCAUAUAACCAAAAACCAUCGGAUGAACUAAACUUUCAAGGGUAUGGACAACCUAAUAGACCAGAAAAACCGGAUUAUAAUUACAUAAUUAGACCGAACAGGAAGCCUUAUCAGAACUCUCAAGACGAAGGUUACGGAAGGCCAGAUAGGCCAAGUGAUAUUGGACAUCCUUCAGGACCAAUCGGACCUCCAAGUAGACCGUAUAGGUUCGACAGACCGAAUCGUCCUAGACCGGACAACGCCGGACAAUAUGCAAGCAAUUUCGAUCAUAGUAGUCAAAAUGACAACUCAAUUCACGUUGAAAUAUAUGAUCCACCACGACCAUACAGACCCAUCCGUGGUUCCUAUUAUGGUCAUCAAGGAUACGGCUAUUUAACCCAAAAUAGCUACGCUCAAAAUCAUGGAACUAUUACGGAAAUCGGUGGCUACAGCCAAAACCCGCCGCUUGAUGAUAAUAGACCCGAUCCGACUACUAAACCUUACGGCCAAUACGGAUAUAAUGGUUAUCGACCUCAAAAUUCCAAACCAAACGACCCAACCUGGAACCAGGAUUACGAUAAACCUGUCAAAGGGUACACAAAUCAAAACUCAUUUACAGGACAAACCGGUUAUGGUUCAAACCAAUCCAUUAAAGGUAAUCAAUACGGCAGUCAAAACGAGUAUUAUCAAAGCCAGAGUGAUCAGUCGUCAUAUAAUAGCCAUAAUCAUCAUAUUGGUUACGGGGACCCCGGGCAAAAUGAGCCAUACAAACCAUCGAAACCGGAUAGGCCGAACGAUUAUCAUCAAAGCCAGAGUGAUCAGUCGUCAUAUAAUAGCCAUAAUGAUCAUAUUGGUUACGGGGACCCCGGGCAAAAUCAGCCAUACAAACCAUCGAAACCGGAUAGGCCGAACGAUUAUCAAAGCCAGAGUGAUCAGUUGUCAUAUAAUAGCCAAAAUCAUCAUAUUGGUUACGGGGACCCCGGGCAAAAUGAGCCAUACAAACCAUCGAAACCGAAUAGACCGAACGAUUAUCAUCAAAGCCAGAGCGAUCAGCCGUCAUAUAACACUCAAAAUUAUCAUAACGGUUACGGAGAUACCGGGCAAAAUCGUCCAAACAAACCUUUGAAACCGGACAGACCAAACGAUUAUGGCCCAGCUGAUUAUGGACAGAAUUCGUAUCAAAGCCAACAUUCAUACAGUUCUAGUCAAAGCAAUUAUCACAGCAACCAACAUGUCUACGAAAGCCAAGUGUAUGGUAGGCCAGAUCAAAGCUAUAGCAAUAGACCAAACUACAAACCUUCUUAUAACGACUAUGGGUCUUACGGGCAAACGAAUGGUCAAAAUCAUGAUCAGGGCAAUCACUAUGGCGAAACCAACCAUGGCUCAUAUGGUUCUACUCAAAGCUCUCAUGGUCAGCAAGAUUUUUAUAAUUCCAAUCAAAACUCUUAUGGGAACACCCAAAAUGCAUAUCAGGAUGAUAGGUAUAAAGGUAGCAAAGGGUCGUAUGGGGGUUCGCAAAGCUCAUACCACGGAGUUUCCCAAGGUAUAAGUCAUGAUUAUCAUUUAUCAAAUGGAAACAAAGGUUCAUAUGAUGCAUAUCCCCCUAGUCAAAGUGGUUAUGGAGGCCAAAACUAUGGUACCCAAUUUGACCAGGGUACUAAGGGCAGCUAUUCAAAUCAAAGCUCGUAUGGAAACAAAGGGUCUUAUGGAACAAAUCAGGACUAUAGCAAUAGUCAGAAUGUUUAUGGAACCAGCCUGAAUGACGACAGCUACACGACACCGAGCUAUGGCUCAAACCAAAACGCAGAGACCAGCCACAAAGGACGGCCCCAAAGACCUAAUAACAAAAAACCCAACGAUUCACCAGCUUAUUAUAAACCAAAUACAGAGUCGGAGAACCCUGGAUAUAACGUGAAACCGGUUUACGAGAAUGAAAUGGAUCGGCCCCAUGCUCCUGGCUAUACAGCUGGGCCGGGGGGUGAGGUGGUGACUUCGCGACCGGUAGCUGUCGGGGAUUACGGAGCCGGAUACAGGGAACCGGGUAAAGAAGAUUCCACCAAAGCAUGCUUUCGUCGUGUAUUGGUUGGAAGGAGGGCGCUUCGGAGUCACGUCAGGAGGGUCGUGUCUGGACAGUCGCUGGAGGAUUGCAAAACGGAGUGCGCUGUAGAACACAGGUUCCCGUGCGAGAGUUUUAAUUACAGAUUGGACCCCUCGUUCCGAGGCAAAAGCCUCUGCGAGCUCAUGACAAAACCGAUAGAAGCUUUCGAUCUCCGAAGAGACUUCGCUGAAGACAAAGACUAUGAUUUUUACGAAAGCGACCGGAAUAGUUUGGAGCCUUAUUGCCCUGAUAGUCUGCGCGGGCAAGGAUUGCUGCAUUCUGGUUAUCUGACCACUCAGAAUCGGGCCGAAGACAGAUGGGGUGGAGGAUACGUCGGUUCUUAUGGACAGAGAAAACAUGAUGAUACGAACUUCAUUCCUUAUCAGAUUGGUAUAAGAAGGAAGAACGAUCCCAGAGAACACGAGAACUGGGGACAAUAUGGAGGCUAUUAUGGGGGCUACGACUAUUACAAGGACAGAAACGACUACUACAAAUCGCAGAGCCAUUGGAACUUAAACAACGCGAUCGACAGAGCCUACAGCUCUGAGGGAGUCAGGCCAUUGACUACCAUCAUCAGGCCCCAUAAAUCGAUGGCGGAUUUCGACUAUAACAAACUAGCGAAGGAUACCCCGUGGAACGAAAGAUACGGGUCUUGGAAAAGAGAGAAAUGGAACAGCUCAGGAUCGUCAUUUAAUAGCUUCGAUUACGGGGGCUACCAUCAUUACGGACCCACGUUUGAGCUGGAAGGCAGAAGCGACGAAAAUGAUCCGAAAGAUUGCUCGUCUCGGAGAAGCGCCGGUAUGUCUCUGAGUAGUGGUUCGAUAAGGAGGUCGUUGUACGCCAAGAAUGUGGUGGAAUGCGAGGCAUCGUGCUUUGAGGAGAGGGAGUUUAAAUGCGUCUCCUACAGCUACAGAUACUCAAAUUCGCGCGGCUCCGACAACUGCUUUUUGAGCGAAAGGCCGUACAGAGGCUUGGAGAUGUCCGCGGACAGCAGCUCCGAUGUGUACGCGAUGCCACAAAGCCACGACUGUGUCAACGUAAAUUAUGACCCUUGGGUUGAAAGUGAGUGCUUCUGGCAUGUGAGGUCUGGAGCUGCGGUCACCGGGGCCGCAGUGAGGGCCGCCCUCACCGUGGCCGGUCUGGGAGCGUGCGAGGCGGAGUGCAUUCGGGCCUCCGGGUUUUUCUGCAGAGGUUUUAGUUUCAGGUUCGAGGCCCCGAUUACAGGAGAGGACUUAGAGAACUGUAUCCUGACUUCGUCCCCUCCCGCCUCGCUGCCCCCAAGCCGUGCGGCCCACCACGAGCUGUACGCGCGGGGGCGCGCGGGGCGGGGCUGCCAGCCCGCGCUGCACGACGCCCACCCCGAGCCCGGGACACAAUGCUACCUCCAGUACGACAGCGCGGCUCAGCUAUCCCCCUCGGCCGUGCGGGGGCGCGCGAGGGUCCGGGACGAGGGGGCGUGCGGGGUGGCGUGCACCGACGCGCCCUUCCGGUGCCUGAGCUACUCCUUCAAAAAUAACGCACCACCGGACCGCGAUAACUGCUUCCUCUCCGAGAUAAGACUGUUCGAUCUUCAAAGGGGAGUGGACUACGUACAUUCCACUGACGACUGGCUCUUCGCUUUCGAUCUAUUCAACGGGCAGUGCUGGAGGAAGAUCCACGGACCGGAUUAUGAUGAGCCUACACACGAACUUCCGAGACCGAUCCUGACAUCUGGUUCUGAAGAGUCCUUCCCAGUGUCAGGUCCCUCUGGUCCUGGUUACUCUGAAUCAGAUCCUCCUUACAUAUCUGAAGGACACAUAAAGCCGUUUAAACCAACAAUAUACAAACCGAUAUAUCCUGAACCAAACGGUCCCGAUUUCGAACCACAUUACGAAACUAGUGGACAUUUUUAUAAACCAACGUAUUCUAUUGAACCAAGUGGACCUUACAAACCGGGUUUUGCUGAACCAAGUGGUCCAGAUUUCAAACCACAUUUCGAACCAGUUGGGCCGGUACUCAAACCGGUAUACCCUUUAAACGAACCUCCAUUUGAAUCCACCAGGCCCGGUCUUAAACCUCUCUAUCCGGUGCAGCCAAAUUUCAAACCGCGUCCGGUCGAACCUAGUGUCUAUAGACCCGAGUAUCCGGUUCAGAAACCAGGAUACGUGCCCAAACCGGCGUACCGACCUCCAGAACACGAUAGACCCUUUGUCCCUACCAGUCCACCCGGGUACCGACCUGGACGACCUGGGUUCAAUCCUGGCUCAAAACCGGGCUUUGAAGGAGACAGGGAAGAUGGAAUUGCCGUAUCUUGGCGCCACUACACGGUGUCCGGGUUCCCCUGCCGAGCGGGGACUUCCUGCGCGCAGAACCACGUCGCCGGCCACUGGGCUUGCGAACCGGAGGGUGGAGAAAUCGGAUCGUGGGAUUACUGCUGUGCGCCAACGCAUCGCUGUGGGUACAGCGAAGGUUUCAAUAAACCCUGGUGCUACGUGGGCCCAGAGAGCGACCAAUGGCGCCCGUGUAGUGAAAAAUACUACCCUUACCAUCAACACAACGUGCCGCAUCCCUCUCAAGCAAACAGAGAUGAAACCUCUCGACCUUCGGGUUCGAGCCAUCCACACACAAAUAGACCUGGUCCGUACCUAUCUGAAGCUGAUAGAAGAUACUGGGAUGAAUUAUACAAAAACGGUCCUCAGGCGUAUUACGAUAGAUACGGGAAUCCCUUACCAGGGUAUACAAGAGUACCGACAUCAGAUCCGCCGCAUAUAAAACCAGAAUAUUCUCGACCUGCUUCCGGAUCCUGGGCGCCAGCACAGGGAGGAGGUACGCGUGAUGGACUCGGUGUGCCGAGGUACUGGCCGGUGGCCUACCUACACAAAGGUCCUCCACCAAACAUGACUUAUUUUAGAUACAACGAAACGACAACUACUGAAAUGCCAAAACCCGCGGAAUCCAGAGACCUACCAGACGAUAGGGACUCGCCAGAUCAACAGACACUUAUCGACAAACCAAAAAUCAUCGACAACCAUAGAGGCGAGAAGAAACGUAAUAUUAGCGAUCAUGACGAAGAACUUCAUAUCGACAUCGACAAAACGACAACAGCUAAAACUGUUAGCGAAGUCACUGAGAUUAUUGAAAGAGUAAAUAAGAGCGAGACAGAAAGCACAACUUCUGACAAGGACGUAGAUAAAAUGGAUCUUAUCGAUGGAAUUGAUGAUAAACUAUUAGAUUUCUCUAAGUCUAUUGAAGUAUUUGAUAUAGAAGACGCUAAGAAGAGUGCGAAGGCAGAUCUUAAAACUCUACGAGCGGAAGAGAGACAGAUAGAAGAAAUAGGACGACUGUUGGCUUCAAGGCGCGACGGGAAAGUUGUCUUGGAAAAGCGAUCGCAGAAAGAAUUGGCCUCAAAGAAUAUUGCGGUCGACGAAGAUUUGCUGGACUUCAAUUUCGGGAAUAAAUUCCCAGUAGAAAGGAGAGGAGUCGUACGGAAAGUGACAAAAGACGAAAUAGAGAGGGACAGGAAUACCGAUAGAAGCCUAGAAGUGAGCGAGACAACGUUCGUUAGACCACCAAGAGUACUAGCUACAACUGAAAACAUACGCAAAGCAAUUGUCAACGGUAAAAUAUUUUAUGACGCCACAAUCAGAGAGCAGAGAGAUGUGCUAACGAAUGCCACUCGAAGAUCCAAAUCUCUGAGGCCUCUGGAAGACAGAGCCCCAUCAGUGAUUAAUUCUGCUAAUUUCGGAAAGAAGAAAAUUAUAAAAACUAGAAACGUAAAUCCUGUGAGGAGAGUCAGAAGAGUUUACAGGAAAAGAUAUAACCCGGAGGAAGUUAGAAGGAGACUGUUGGAGAGAGAUAGAGCUAAAGAGAGUUCUGUUGAUAGCAGUAGGAAAAUUUAAGCUUAAAGACAUAUGAUUAAUAAAAUUGAUCAUAACAAUGAAUACGUUUAUUAUAUAUGUAUAUAAAAACGUUUAGGACAGAGCCAUUAGGUCAGAUGAAAAUAUUUCAAUUUCAAUUUUAUUUAUCACGUUUAUCCAUAAUAGUUCAGGAUCCCUGGUACACUUUUCAUCAUUUAUUACUAACAAGCUGAUUUUUCGUGCGUAGCUUCCUUUUGACUAGACGCCCAACUUUUUUCCUUACAGUAACGUUGGUAAAUGGUAGCUUACUAGGGAUAGCAAGGAUAAAUUAUGUUAAUUUCACGAAUUUUCAAAAUUUGUUACUAACCGAAUUUUUCUUUGUUAAUUAUCGAGAUAAUUAUCUAAAUAGCAUGAAAAUAUAUUUGACCUACAAAAUAUAAGGUUUUGUUAGGGAGUCCCCCCCCUCUUCAACAUGUAUUAUUAUAAACAAGGUCAUGAAAAAUAAUUACUAACCAGCUGAUUUUUUUUUAUUGGUUAGCAUUUUUUGUCAUUUGCAUACUUUACCACCUACAUUGUCCUACAAAUUGCGUAGUAUGUCAUCUUGGUCCUACGCUCAAAAGUUCUCAAUACCACCGGACUUGUUGUUUUAUUAGUAACUGUAGGACAAAGGUACACGUGAUAGGUUAAUAAUAUAUUUUUUGUCCAAAUAAAACAAUGUCCUACAAAAAAAGGUAUGCUUUAUUAGUCCUACAAGAUUUGUAAUUUUUGAGUAUACAAAAUGAAAUGAAAUUUAUAUAUAUCAACGCUUGAAAGGAAAACGUGACUAAGCGACAAUGCGUGAACUUUACAGUAGACUAAUUUAAAGUUGAAAUACCUGAAAACAAAAUUUAUUUUAACGAAUCUAGCUGUAGUAGAAUCUAGCUAGUAGCUGUAGGAUUGAAAUGAUUUUAAUACACCUAGAAAUAUAUUUUUUUUACGCAUCGAAUAUGGUUAUUGCCUAUCAUUUAUGUACAAUGCAGUUAUUGACGCUUAGUCACGUUUGCCUUUCAAGCGUCGAUAUAUAUAUAUAUAUAUAUAUAUAGAUUAGAGGCUAUAAUCCUAAACAUAGGACUAGCAAUUAACAAAAGCAAGACAAACACCCAAUAUGUCGAAAUAAAAUAAAGAUAUUAGCCCAUUCUGCAACGUAUAUAUUUAUAUUUUAAAUAAAAAUAAAUUUUCUCGGUUUGAUUUCGAUUCUGCUUCUGUGCAAUGGACCCUUACUGCCGCAUAUUCCUAUGUAUCAAUAUAACAAUAAGUUUUGCUUAGUGAAAAUUGUCAGUUUGACACAAAAUUUAAUAUAUUUGGGUCAAAAUGACGACGCAGAGUUUCGAAUUAAUCCUAAUUUAGUUUUAAUAAAUUACUCGCGCUUAAGAUUCGAAUUUACAAAUGUAUCUAAAUAUAUCUUUUGUUUAUUUUAAGUUACUAAGAAUAAUAGCUUUGUAAUAUGUAAAGCAUUGACAAAAUAUCUUGUUCCUUUCUAAUGUUACAUUUAAAAUCAACAAAGCAUCAAAUGUGAUAAAAUUAAACUUUUUAAUACCUUUUGUUGAAUGUUUGGUGCAUCAGAAUACUCCGUAUCGAUGCCUGAGCUUCAGAUACGACACAAAGAAAUAUCUUUAAGAUUCAUUUUAAAUGUAACUUAACUUAAGUAGCAAUAUAUAUAUUUUUUUAUAUUCUA